AUGGAGAUUGACAUCCUCACUCGCUCUGAGAACCCGGCUAUAGCGAGCGAUACGAAUCACAUCUUUCGAAAAUGGGCUCCUCUCUUUUGGGAAGCUGGUGAUGUUACUGGUCGAACAUUUCGCAUCGCGCAAGACGACGGCCGUAAUCCGAUUCUGAUGGAGACGUGUAUGAGAAACGCGGGCUUCGUUGACGUUGUGCACAAGAAGUGGAAGGUUCCUAUCGGCGGUUGGCCCAAGGACUCUAAGCUCAAAAAGGUUGGUCUUUUGGCAGGCUUGUAUGUUGACCAGUCCCUUGAUGGGUGGGCAGUCAAACCCAUUGGCGAGAUAUUGGGCUGGACCUUUGAGGAGGUCAUGACUCUAGUGGCGACCUUGCGCAAGACGCUUGGGGAACCAAAGUCGCUGCCGUAUUUCAACUUGUAA